ACCGGACCAGGUCCCGCGAGUCCCCGCGGGCUGCCGCCUCAGAACCCCUCGCUGCUCGGCCCCGCCGCCCGCCGCUCCGCUCGCAGGCCGCCGCCGCCGCCGCCGCCAUGGCGGAAGUUCACAGACGUCAGCAGGCCCGGGUUAAAGGAGAAGCCCCCGCGAAAUCCUCCACACAUAGACAUGAGGAGGAGCUGGGGAUGGCGUCGGCCGAAACGCUGACCGUGUUCCUGAAACUGUUGGCCGCUGGCUUUUACGGCGUGAGCUCCUUCCUCAUCGUGGUGGUCAACAAGAGCGUGCUCACCAACUACAGAUUUCCCUCCUCACUAUGUGUUGGACUUGGCCAGAUGGUGGCCACAGUGGCAGUACUCUGGGUUGGAAAGGCACUCAGAGUAGUCAAGUUUCCUGACUUUGACAGAAAUGUACCUCGAAAGACGUUUCCACUACCUCUACUAUAUUUUGGGAACCAAAUCACGGGACUGUUCAGCACAAAGAAACUGAACUUGCCAAUGUUUACAGUUCUGAGAAGGUUCUCCAUCCUGUUUACAAUGUUUGCUGAAGGACUUUUACUCAAGAAGACUUUUUCUUGGGGUGUUAAGAUGACUGUAUUUGCAAUGAUUAUUGGAGCCUUUGUAGCUGCCAGCUCUGACUUGGCAUUCGAUCUGGAAGGAUAUGUUUUUAUUCUGAUAAAUGAUGUCCUGACAGCAGCAAAUGGUGCCUACGUAAAACAAAAAUUAGAUUCAAAAGAGCUGGGAAAAUAUGGUCUGCUCUAUUACAAUGCACUGUUCAUGAUUCUGCCCACCCUAGCCAUUGCAUAUUUUACGGGAGAUGCGCAAAAGGCAAUGGAUUUUGAAGGCUGGGCCGACACCCUCUUUCUUCUGCAGUUCACCCUCUCUUGUGUGAUGGGAUUUAUCUUGAUGUAUGCCACAGUACUCUGCACUCAGUAUAACUCUGCUCUUACAACUACAAUAGUUGGCUGUAUUAAGAAUAUAUUAAUAACUUAUAUCGGAAUGGUCUUUGGUGGAGAUUACAUUUUCACAUGGACAAACUUCAUUGGCUUAAAUAUCAGCAUUGCUGGGAGCCUGGUGUAUUCCUACAUCACUUUCUCUGAAGAGCAGCUGAGCAAACAGUCAGAGGCCAGUAACAAGCUGGACAUUAAGGGGAAAGGAGCAGUAUGACCAGAGGAUUGCAUCAGCUACAUAGGCCCAAGUUUUUGAUCAGCUCGGAACACUGGCAGUUCUUAUACAGAUUCUGAGGUGUCUUGAUUAUGGAGAAAAUACCAUUCCUUUGCACUUGUACAAUCUGAGGAUUGAUUGCUGCCUUUUAAAAUUUUAUGAGAGAGACUUAUAAUUGACUCUUUUAAAUAUGCCAUUUGAAUUAAUUUAUAUCAGACUGGAAAA